CUCACAGAGAUCCGCCUGCCUCUGCCUCCCGAGUGCUGGGAUUAAAGGCGUGCGCCACCAACGCCCGGCUAAGGUACAUUAUUUUUUAAAAGAUUUAAUUUUUGUGUACGUGUGUGUGUCACGUGUGCAUGAGUGUCCCUGGAGUCCAGAAGGGGGCAACGGAUCUCCUAGAGAUAGAAUUACAGGUGGUUAUAAACUGGCGCAAAUAAACUUGGUCACCUGGAAGAGCAGAAAGGCUCAUAACCGGUGAGCCGUCUUUCCGGACACACUCGCUGCUUUCUUGUGGGUAUCGGGGGAUAACAAAAACAACGAGCAGGCAGCGGGGUAAGGAUGCCUACUGCCAAGCCUGGCAAUCUGAGUUCGUUCGAUUCCCCGGGGCUACAGAGUGUUAGACGAGAGAGCCUACUUUUGCUAGCAGUUUUCUGACCACAGGUGUGCAGUUUGACAGCUCCCCCCCAAAAAAGUAAUGUGCCCUUUAAUUUGUACCUGAGGGCUUACAUAGGUCCUACAUAGGACUUACAUGCAGAGUUGUCUCCAUUCGCAAAGUAAGAAACUGGGGCUAUGGAAAGUUGAAUGAAUUCUCAAGUCUCAGCUCAGGUCUCUGAACUCAGCAGGCAGCAGGUGUUGCCGCUGGAGUCGCCAGCAACUAAGGGGCUGAGAAACGCACUCUGGCUGCUGUCCGGGCGGGGGUCUCUGCCCCUCCCAGAGGGAGGUGGUCCAGUGACGUCACUGCGACUUUAAGACCCUUUGCCUCCGCCCUCGUCCCUACUUUCGACUUGGGAAUCUUUGCAGUCACUUUUGCAGGCCUAAUAAUCAACCAGCCCCGGGUGGCCGAGCCAGACAGCACGCCCUCGGACAAAGCUGAGUGAGCACUCGCCCCCUUGACUUCAUCAUGGCUUCUGCCGGUCUGCAAAUCUUGGGGAUCGUCCUGACCCUGCUUGGCUGGGUCAAUGCCCUGGUGUCCUGCGCUCUGCCCAUGUGGAAGGUGACAGCUUUCAUCGGCAACAGCAUUGUUGUGGCCCAGAUGGUAUGGGAGGGGCUGUGGAUGUCCUGUGUGGUCCAGAGCACUGGCCAGAUGCAGUGCAAGGUGUAUGACUCGCUACUAGCACUGCCCCAGGACCUACAAGCCGCAAGAGCCCUCUGUGUCAUCACUCUCCUUAUUGUCCUGCUUGGCUUGCUGGUCUACCUCGCAGGAGCCAAAUGCACUACCUGUGUGGAAGACAAGAAUUCCAAGUCUCGACUGGUGCUCAUCUCUGGGAUCAUCUUUGUCGUCUCUGGCAUCCUGACCCUCAUUCCUGUCUGCUGGACAGCCCACUCCAUCAUCCAGGACUUCUAUAACCCCUUGGUAGCUGAUGCUCAAAAGCGGGAGCUGGGAGCCUCCCUCUAUCUAGGCUGGGCAGCCUCAGGCCUUUUGCUGCUGGGUGGAGGGCUGCUGUGCUGUGCUUGCUCCUCUGGAGGGCCCCGGGGACCUGCCCAUUACAUGGCCCGCUAUUCUACAUCUGCCCCACAUUCAGCCUCUCGUGGACCCUCUGAAUACCCCACCAAGAAUUAUGUGUGAUGCUCACUAGCGAAUGAGGCUCUACUGGCCAGGGAACCUUAGGACCCUGAGCUGAGCCAUCAAGAAAUGAUGCCUAGUAGUUUGGGGUUGUUUAGUUCCUUGGUUUUGUUUUGCAGUACUGGGUAUUGAACCUGGGGACCUACACGUUUGGUAGGCAAGCACUCUCUACCCAUGAGCUAUAUGAUACCCUGCCCCUAGGGUUGGUUGCAUCUCAUUAUGGAGCCCUGACUGAUUUCCAGCUCUAGUUUUCCCUGUCUCAACCUAAGUCCAGAUUCCACGUAACUCUGCUGUUGCCAAUUCUCACUCUUAGAUUAUGCAUCAGGAUGGGUGACACUUUUGGUUUGUUUCUAUUCACUCUGGGCAUCUUCUGUGGAAACUGUUUUGAGACUGCUUGUGAAUCUGACCUUUGUGAUCCCCAAGAUGGCCUGUCCCAAGAGUUCCUAGUCCUGGAAGGACAAGUGAUAAGUUACCAAAGAAUUUUCUACUCCAGAUCUUCCAACACCUUUGGCCCCUGCAUCCUAAUACCAAAGUUACCAUGUACUUCCCCCAAAUCAGGUCCCAGCUGUGCUGUAGACCCUCCACCCCCAUUUCUCUAUAACCUUGCACAUUUCCCUGCCCGCACAAUGUUUUACUAAAUAAAACAUUUUUAUAAUGUG